AUGAGCCGCCCUGGAGCAUGGGCCGUCGUACUGUCUAACUUGUGGAAGUAUCUGCGGAAGGACUGGUCAGCUAAGGUUUAUAUCGGUGAAGAUGCUAUGGGGAAUCGAUAUUAUGAGAUUAAAAAUACUCGACAGAAUGUGACACGCGGUUACGAUCCACCGAUUGGUGCUUCAAACCCUCAAGCUCCUACCGUGGAAUGGCAGUCAUGGCUAAAAGGAACUCGACGUUUUCCACCAAGCGAGGAAGAAAUUGCCUUGAAUCGCACGAGGCAGCAAGCUCAGUUAGCACAGAAUCUGACAACGGAACAACGAGCCCCGCAUGUUGCCGCAACUGAUACUAGUCGAAAGCAGGACAUACCUGCUGCUUUUCCUCAUUAUGAGGAUUUGGAAUCCGCACCAGGGGCGAAGAAAAGUGACUGA